UUGGCUGGGCUGGCGGUGUGGCUGGCCUUGGGCACCCGGAGAGCUGUCCGGAGCUACCUCCCGCCGUCCGCGCAGUGACGACUUCCCGGCUCGGCCUUCUUCGCCGAGGUCCACGCAGCCGGGCUCCGGCCCCAGGGCAAGUUAGAUAUCAUCACACUGAAUGUUACAAAGCUGCAGUGCACAGAUAACACAAUGGUGGGUGAAGAGAAGACUUUUCUAAGAAACCGGCUAUACAAGCCCAGUGAAAACCCUGAGGAAGAUGAAGUCGAGAGAAAGCCUAAAAAGGAGUCUCUAGAGAUACCUAAUAAUGGUCAGCUUGAUAUAAAACAGUUAAUAUCAAAGAAGAUACGAUUGACAGUAGAGGCAGAGCAGUUGAAGCCAUUUUUUAUGAAGGAAGUUGGCAGUCACUUUGAUGAUUUUGUGACCAAUCUUAUUGAAAGAUCAACGUCAUUAGACAGUGGUGGGUGUGCUCUCACAUCUUUUUCUGUUCUUGAAGGAGAGAAAAACAACCAUAGAGCUAAAGAUCUGAGGGCACCACCAGAAAAAGGAAAGCUUUUUAUUAUGAGGCGAUCUCUCUUAGAUGAGCUGUUUGAGGUGGACCACAUCAGAACAAUAUAUCACAUGUUUAUUGCCCUACUUAUUAUCUUUAUCCUCAGCACGCUGGUAGUAGAUUACAUUGAUGAAGGGAGGCUGGUGCUUGAGUUCAGUCUCCUGUCUUAUGCUUUUGGCAAAUUUUCUGUUGUUAUUUGGACCUGGUCAACCAUGUUCCUGUCUACACUUUUAAUUCCCUAUUUCCUCUUUCAACAUUGGGCCAGUGGAUACAGAAAGAGUUCCCACCCAGUGCUCCGUUCUCUCGUCUGUGGCUCACUUUUCAUGUUCUUCCAGAUUGGAGGUUUAGGUUUUGGACCAACGUAUGUUGUAUUAGCAUAUACACUGCCACCAGCUUCUCGGUUCAUUGUUAUACUUGAACAGAUUCGUUUUGUUAUGAAGGCUCAUUCAUUUAUCAGAGAGAAUGUACCUCGGGUGCUAGACUCAGCUAAGGAGAAAUCAAGCACUGUACCAAUACCCAGAGUCAGCCAGUACUUGUACUUCUUGUUUGCUCCUACCCUGAUCUACCGUGACAGCUAUCCCAGGACUCCUACUAUAAGAUGGGGUUAUGUUGCUACACAGUUUGCACAGAUUUUUGGUUGCCUUUUUUAUGUAUACUACAUCUUUGAAAGGCUCUGUGCCCCCUUGUUUCGGAACAUCAGACAGGAGCCCUUCAGCGCUCGUGUCCUGGUCCUGUGUGUGUUUAACUCCAUCUUGCCAGGUGUGCUGAUUCUGCUCCUUACUUUUUUUGCUGUUUUGCAUUGCUGGCUCAAUGCCUUUGCUGAGAUGUUACGCUUUGGUGACAGGAUGUUUUAUAAGGAUUGGUGGAACUCCACAUCAUACUCCAACUAUUACAGGACUUGGAAUGUGGUGGUCCAUGACUGGCUGUAUUACUAUGCUUACAACGACUUUCUCUGGUUUUUCACUAAGAGGUUCAAAUCUGCUGCCAUGUUAGCUGUUUUUGCUGUGUCUGCCAUAGUGCACGAGUAUGCCUUGGCUCUUUGUUUGAGCUUUUUCUAUCCAGUGCUCUUCGUGCUCUUCAUGUUCUUUGGAAUGGCUUUCAACUUCAUUGUCAAUGAUAGUCGGAAAAGGCCAAUUUGGAAUGUUAUGAUGUGGACUUCCCUUUUCUUGGGUCAAGGAAUUUUGUUAUGCUUUUAUUCUCAAGAGUGGUAUGCACGUCAGCAUUGUCCUCUGAAAAAUCCCACAUUCCUGGAUUAUGUCCGACCACGUUCCUGGACUUGCCAUUAUGUGUUUUAGAAGCUUGGACUUUGUUUCCUUUCUUGUCAUUGAAGAUUGGGUAUUCUGCCUGAUUGGGGACCAGCAGCUGUUUCCAGCAGUUACUGAAGUUAUCUGUUAUUUGGACCACUCCAGGCUUUACCGAUAGCUCACUCCAUUCCUAGGUCACAUGAAGCUGAGCUUUUGGAAUAUUGUUCACUUAAGCAAGACUUUUUUUUUUCCUUUUGGGAUAAGGGAAACUAAUAGCAGAGGUAAUGACAGAUUUUGCUGGGUCAUAUCUGCUCGAGCCUUGGUAAUUAUAUCUGUGUGUCUUUUGUUUCUUGACUCAUAUUUUCUUGGCCACUGAAUUAACCAAAACACUUAAUGAAGAAAUCGUUUAAGUACCUCUGAGCUUAGAAUUUUUUUCAUGCACACAGUUGGAAUGUGUGUUUAUUAAAAAUGCAAUUGGGGAAGAAAAAAUAAUGUGGAAUUAUUGUUGCUAUUCUACUAGAAAGAGAAAAUGCCAUCUGUUUUCCAAAGAUAAUCUUGUUAUAUACCCUGGUUUUUUUUUGGGGGGGAAAGAAAAAGUUCAAUCCUACUCAACUUUUACCAUUUUUUCCUCUAUACAAUAUAGGUCAUGAUUUUUUGGAGCAAAAAUACUUCUUUCUCUUUGAAUUCCUGAGUUUGCAUACUUAAUAUUAUUUACUGAGGGAGCCAGAAGGGGAAAGGGAAAAAGAAGCAGCACAAGAGAAAGAAAAACAUUUCCUUUUAUAACUUCCAAAGUAAUUUGUUUAAAGGUGUUCAGAGCCAGUCAUGUCUUUAAAUUAUUUUAUUGUGGAACUUUUGUGGAAAGUAGCUGUUGAAACAAAUGUUACAACUUCUUUGAAGUUGUUUAGAAACAUCCUUUGGUACAAUAAUAUUAUUGUCUAAUAAAUAUUGACCUAUCUUGAAUUAUUUUGCAGACUAGUUAGUCUGAAAUGUAAGUAUUAAUCACCUCCAUUAAUAU